AUGUCUGGCCUGUCCAUAGUCAAUGCUUUCAAUGAGGAGGGGGCUCUUUUUAAAGUGUUCUUCUGUAUGCUUGCAGAGGAACUAGACUGUGAUUAUGCAUUGCUCUUCUCGAAGCGGGAGGCAGAUGAUCUAUUCACACAGCUGGAGGAGGAGGUGGUGUACUCAACAGGAGAUGAAGCAAAGGUCCAAGUGUUUGGAAAGGUGUUUAAUAUACCCAGAAAACAGGCAACCUAUGGAGACGCGGGCCUAACUUAUGCUUAUUCUGGAAUAAGACGUUCAGCCAGCCCGUGGACUCCAACCUUGGAAUAUAUCCGAGACGCGGUCACGAAAGCAACAGGACAGACGUUCAACUUUGUCUUGAUCAACAGGUACAAAGACGGGCAGGACCACAUGGGAGAGCAUCGUGACGACGAGAAGGAGCUGGACCCGUCCUGUCCCAUCGCCUCCGUCUCCCUGGGAGCAGCUCGAGACUUCGUCUUCAGACACAGAGACUCUCGAGGAAAACGCAGCAGCCGUCAGAUCAAGCCCGUGAAGCUGGAGCUCGCUCAUGGAAGCCUGCUCCUCAUGAACCCGCCGACCAACACCUUCUGGUACCACAGCCUUCCUGCUCGGAAGAAGGUUCUCUCGCCUCGCAUCAACCUCACCUUUAGACGCAUCUUACCGGGCAGUUAG